GUUGCGCCAAUCCGUCGAGCUGCGGAUCCAGGAAUCAGAUUUCGUUUUUGCUUCGAUAGAUUUAAAGGGGACGACGCACCGGCGGGACCGCAACCCUAGUUUUCGAUCUGAUCUUUCCCCGAUCUUCGCCGCCCAUCUUCCCAACUUCCCCCCAUCUCGACUCUGGAUCUCGAGUCUGCGCGCACUUCGGCGAACAUGGCGACGAUCAUGGCGGCGCGCGGGCAGGGACUGGAGCAAGAUUUCGAUUUCUUCGUGGUGGUCGACUUCGAGGCGACGUGCGUGAAAGACGCGCGGAUCUUCCCGCAAGAAAUCAUCGAGUUCCCCGCGGUGCUCGUCGACGGUGCUACCGGCCGCAUCGAGUCCGCCUUUCGCAGGUACGUUCGUCCCAAGCAUCACCCUGUGCUGACCCAGUUUUGCAGGGAACUCACCGGCAUCCGGCAGGAGGACGUCGACGGUGGAGUGGAUCUCGGCGAGGCGCUCUGGCUGCACGGCGCUUGGUUGAAGGCAGCGACGGCGGGGGCAGGGAACAAGAGGAGCGUCCGCUUGGCCGUCGUGACCUGGGGCGACUGGGACUGCCGCACCAUGCUCGAGUUCGAGUGCCGCUUCAAGGGCAUCGAGAAGCCCUCCUACUUCGAUCAGUGGAUCAAUCUGAGAGUCCCCUUCCAGGCGGCGCUCGGCGGCGGAGGGCGGGUCAACCUGCAGGAAGCGGUCCGGGCGGCGGGGCUGGACUGGGAGGGCCGCCUGCACUGCGGGCUGGACGACGCGCGCAACACCGCGCGGCUGCUUGCUGAGCUCAUGCGGCGCGGGGUCAAGAUCACCAUCACCGGCUCGCUGGCGGCGCCGCCGCCGAUGCAGAAGCAGCCGGCUCGCACAAGCCCUUGCGGUGGCUCACCGGCGCUGGCGUCGGCGCCGCCGCCGAUCCAGCAGCAGCCGGCUCGCACAGGCCCUUUCGGUGGCUCGUUUGCGCUGGUGCCGGCGCCUAUCCAGCAGAAGCAGCAGCCGCCGCAGCCUUACAUGAUCAGCCCCUGCGGUGGCUCCUCUGCGACGUGCUUGUGCUACUGCGGGCUGGCGAGCAGAGGAGACGUGAUGAACGGGGCAAAUUUGACAAAUUUGAGCUAUAGACGAAAUCAAAUCACAGAAUGAACUAUCCGUAAAACUAUUUCACGCGGCUGACUUUUUUGUGUGACGCCCGACACGAAGGCGCCACACUACACUGUGCAAUGCCUCACAGAUAGGCGCUACACGACCAGCGUCGCACACGUGUGAUCAGAAAAUUACUAAGUCAGUAUGCAGCGUCUGAGCUCCAGUGCAGCGCCUGAGAGCUAGGCGCCACAUGUCAGCCGCGUGAAAUAGUUUCAUGGACAGUUCAUUCUGUGAUUUGAUUUCGUCUAUAGGUCAAAUUUGUCAAAUUUGCCGAUGGGACCCGUGCCCCCCUACUUGGCGUGGAGCAACUGAAUGAGUGACCCACGGCAUGAGACUGAGAUUCAGAUUCCAGUGUAGCUCAGUUGUUAGUGUUAAUCGUCCUAGCCAUCAGAAUCAGAGCCUAGUCUAGGUGUAAAUUUGGUCUUUGAAAUAGAACUUGACCAAUGGGGCUAUUCUUGAUGUAAUCGGUGUCUUAAUUACUAUUAUCAAUAGAAAUUUCGUUUUAA